GCGGAAGUAGCGAGCGCGGGGGCUGCCGGGAUCGGGGCGGCGGUCGCCGAUCGCGAUCGAUCCCGAUCGCUCCCAUCGAUCCCCAUCGAUCCCGAUCGCUCCCAUCGAUCCCCGGCUCUCCCCCGCCGCGAUGUUCUUCACCUGCGGCCCCAACGAGGCCAUGGUGGUGUCGGGUUUCUGCCGCAGCCCCCCGGUGAUGGUGGCCGGGGGCCGGGUGUUGGUGAUCCCCUGCCUGCAGCAGAUCCAGCGGAUCUCCCUGAACACGCUGACGCUGCCCGUGCGCAGUGAGAAGGUUUACACCCGCCAUGGGGUGCCAAUCUCUGUCACCGGCAUCGCCCAGGUGAAGAUCCAGGGGCAGAACAAGGAGAUGCUGGCAGCUGCUUGUCAGAUGUUCCUGGGAAAGUCGGAGAGCGAGAUCGGCCAGAUCGCCCUGGAGACACUGGAGGGCCACCAGCGUGCCAUCAUGGCCCACAUGACCGUGGAGGAGAUCUACAAGGACCGGCAGAAGUUCUCGGAUCAGGUUUUCCGCGUGGCCUCCUCCGACCUGGUGAACAUGGGCAUCUCCGUGGUCAGCUACACCCUCAAGGACGUGCACGAUGAGCAGGAUUACCUGCGCUCCCUCGGGAAGGGCCGCACGGCGCAGGUGCAGCGCGACGCCCGCGUGGGAGAGGCCGAGGCCAAACGCGAUGCCGGGAUCCGCGAGGCGCGGGCACGGCAGGAGCAAGUGUCAGCACAGCUGCUGAGUGAGGAGGCCACGGCGCGAGCCCAGCGCGACUUCCAGGUGGCUCAGGCUGAGUGCGACGGAGCCGUCAGCGCCCGCAGGGCCACGGCUGAGCUGGCGUUCCAGCUGCAGGCAGCCCGUUCCCAGCAGGCCAUCGCGGCCCAGCGCGGGGAGGUGGCGCUGGUGGAGCGGGCGCAGCGGGUGCAGCUGCAGGAGCAGGAGGUCGGGCGGCGCCGCCAGGAGCUCGAGGCCACCGUGCGCAAACCGGCCGAGGCCGAGCGCUACCGGCUGGAGCGGCUGGCCGAGGCACAGCGGACGCAGGUGCUGCUGCAGGCAGAGGCGGAGGCUGAGAGCCUCAAGGUGACGGGCGCUGCCCGUGCCGCAGCCGUGGCCUCUCGUGCCCGCGCCGAGGCCGCAGCAGCUGCAGCCAAGGCCGAGGCCUUCGGGCAGUUCCAGGACGCGGCCGUGGUGGAUCUGGUGCUGCAGAGACUGCCCCAGGUGGCCGAGGCAGUGGCGCAGCCGCUGCUGGGGACGCGCCGGGUGACGCUCGUGGGCAGCUCCGGGGCCGUCGGGGUGGCCAAAAUCCCCUCGGAAAUCCUGGACUUGGUCACGCGGCUGCCGGGGGCCGUGGGGGCGCUGGCCAGGGGCUCCCAGGUGACCCCAAUGGAGCCAGAGGGUGGCACCAGAGCCACUGAAACAUCCCCGAAUGUCCCCAAAGUGUCCCCAAAUGCCCCCAGAGCGUCCCUGAGUGCCACCCCCCAGUGACCGCAAAGUGUCCCCAAAGUGUCCCAAAGUGCCACCACCCCCCCAGAGCCACUGGGACCCUGCUGCAUCCCCAAAGUGCCACCAGUGGCUCCUGAGGUCCCUAAGGUGCCACCGGUCCCCAAGUCCCUCUGUCCCCAAAGUGCCACCAUGCCUUGCAUGUCCCCAAAGUGCCACUGCUGUGGUGUCAGCAUGUCCCCAGUGUCCCCGAAGUGCCAGCCCCAAUGUCAUCAUGUCCCCUAAGUGUCCCUGUGGUGUCACUGUCCCCAAGUUGCCACCUUAUCUCCAAAGUGUCCUGGAAGUGUCACCACCCUCUGGUGUCACUUUGUCCCUGAAGUGCCAUGCCCAAAUGUCACGUCCCCGACAUGUCCCCAAGGUUUCCACCCCUGCAAUGUCCCACAAGUGGCAACCCCAAAUGUCACCAUGUUCUUAAAGUGUCCCCAAAGUGCCACCAGUACCUCUGUGUCCUCAGUGUCCCCAGAGUGCCAUCACUGCAGUGUCAUCCUGUCCCAAGUGUCCCCAAAGUGCCACCACUGCAGUGCCAUGUCAGUAAAGUGUGUCCUGUCACCAACUUCAGUGUCCCCGAAGUGUCACUACCCCCAGCGUCACCAUGUCAAUAAAAUGUCCCCAAGGUGCCACCA